GAACCCUUUUAUAAGAGCUGUGUGUUAGAAACUAUCAAAGCAGUGACAGGAUUAAACGCAUGAUGAAGAGCUUUGUCUUGAUAACAACUUUGUUUCUCUGCCUCGGCUGGAUCUCUGUCUCAGGUUCUGAGUUUCAGACUGUGGAGGUCCAGAACGGGGAAGAGGUCACACUUCUUUGUUCCAACAUUUCCGCCUAUCCAACGCAGACAGACUGGUUCAGAGUGGUCAAUAAAACUAAGCCCAGCUGUGUUUCUUCUAUGUAUGGAUCUGACAGCGAAGCUUCGUUCUGUCAUGGAUUUAGAAACAGAAAUUUUAAUAUGAGUUCCAACGUCUCUUUUGUCUUCCUUCAAAUCAAGCGAGUGGAUUUAUCUGAUGCUGGGCUGUAUUUCUGUGGAUUUUACAUCAGCGGACAUACAGUCAUUUCUAAUGCAGUCGAGUUAAGAAUUCAAGAUAUGGAUGAAACAAAUGAUGGAGUGGAAUUUAAUGAUCAAGUGAAUGGAGUGGACAAGUCCAGCCUUGUGCCUGUGGUCUUUGCCACACUGGCUGUUUUCUUUGUGAUGGCUGUCGUUGGUUUGGCUGUCAAGAUUGUGCCGCUUUUUUCAGCAGUGGACAAAGAACAGCAUACUCCCAGGAACAAGAAUGUGGACUCUGUUGACCUGAACUCUGCAGUGUUGAGACUCCACCCACAAACACUAAGAAGCAGAAGGCCUGCAAAAGAGACACAAGUGGAAACUCAUGUUGUUUAUGCUGCCAGUGCAUAGAGCUGAUUCUCUGUGUUCAUGAUGCAACAGCAUAUUUAGUGGUUUAGUCUUUAUAACCCUGGACUAAACAUUUUUCUGCCUUAAUUUGUCUUUAUCUCAAUAAAACGAGGGCACACAAAGUUACUCAUAGGGGGAGUCAGGUGGUCUUCGGGGGGAGGGAGGCAUGAGUGAGAUACUGAUCACUUCACAGGAAGAGACUUCACAGUGUGGUCUGAGCACAGCUGAACUCACAAGGCCUCUACAGUUAGUGAAAUUUGACUUUCUGCUUUUUACUAGUUCGCAUCAGCCUUUGUACUUGUAGACAGUUAAGGAAAAAAUAUAUAUAUAAAUAUGUAUGCUUUGAUGAAAAAAAACUGUGACUGAUGAAUAAAGUCACUGCCAGAGAAAGACUUUUCACUCACCACAAACAUCAAAUAACUAUUGAUUUCAACACCGAGAAUAAUGCUACAUUAACCUCCAAGGACCUGGCGUCCACAUGUGUGGACAUCACAUUUUGGGUUGUCUAGACACUUAUGAGGACAUUAUACUGCCUCUGUUUUAUCCAAAUUUAAAAUGAAUGUCUUCAUAUGUGGCUCUCAUAUUUCUUAGAAACAAAAAUAGGCAAAAAAAAUCUGGUGAUUCUUUGUUUUCCAUCGGUUCCCAAUAUGUCCAAAUAUCAGGUCAGUUCAGGUCCUAGGAGGCUAAAAAGAACGCUGUUGUUUCAUUUUUGAUGUAAAUGAUAAAACAAUAAAUUCUGUGGCAACAGUGUUUUUGCUAGAAUUAUUUUGUGUGGGUAUAUCCCUUCAUAUGUUUUUAGAUGUGUUCUUUAACUAGAUAUGUUGAAAUUGUCAUUUUUUUAGUUGCCUCUAUUAUAUACUGACAAAAGGGGCAAAUAAAGACACAGCCAGUGUUUAUAUGGGCAGCUUUCUUCCCUGACCAUGUUCUAUGUGCAAAGCUUGGCAAGUUUUAUGCACCUCCCCCUGUCUUUUUCCACUGCAGUGGCUCUGUGUAUAAGCCAAAUAAAAAGCCACAGAAAGACUAGCCUUUAAAACCACAAACAACACAUCUUGUACUAUUUGCACACAAUUGUUUUUUUUUUCUACAUUUUUUAACAGCCUGUUUUUUAACUGGUAGGUUCCUUUGUCAAAAACUACAAAGUACCAAAGUGGCAGAAAGGCAACUCAAAUUACCACUCGUGUUGUCU